CGUCUGUCGACUCGGUCGUUUUGUCGACUUCUUGUCCAUAAGAGAGAGGCCCCGACACAGCCUCUCGUCCAUCUUUCUUUUUUGAAAGCAUACUAUUGGCGCCAGCUGGUUAUUACCGGCUCUGGUUCCUUUCAACAGGAUUUUUAUUUUUAUUUUUGAGUUGGUGUCGCCUCGUGGUCUGUUGACCGAUAGUCUUUCUCUCUUCCUCCUGGCAUCGUUCUUCCCAUACCGCAAACAUGUCACGCAUUCAAAUUCCCCUCGACGCUCUGACGUCCCGCAUCAACCUGAGCGACCGCUUUCAGAGCAUCCGCUCGACCUCUCUCUCGAACCGAUUCGCGAACCUCCGGCCUGUUUCCGAGUUUCUGGACAUCAAGCGGCUGUCGAAGCCUGCGAACUUCGCUGAGGCCCAGUCCCGCGUCAACUACAACCUGGGCCACUUCUCCAGCAACUAUGCCAUCAUCUUUGUGAUGCUCUGCAUCUACUCCCUCCUCACCAACCCCUGGCUUCUGUUCGACAUCGUCUUCGUCGUUGCGGGCAUGUACCUCAUCGGCAAGCUCAAUGGUCAGGACCUCGAGAUCGGCCAGACCCGCGUCACCACCUCCCAGCUCUACACAGGUCUCUAUGUCAUUGCUAUCCCGAUCGGUCUCUUUGCCUCACCCAUCACCACCGUCAUGUGGCUGAUCGGCGCCAGCGGCGUGGUCAUUCUUGGUCAUGCUGCUAUGAUGGACAAGCCACUCGAGGAGGCUUUUUCCGGGGAGGCGGUCUAA